GCCGGCGAAGAGGCAGGCAGCCCGCUCGCCUCGGAGCCUGCCGAGCGGGGGACCCAGCUGGGCGCGCGUGAGCCGUGCGAAGGGCGGGCUGCCGCUCGGGAGAAGGAAGCGCCCGCGAGGCCCCGGGCUAGCGGCGGGCAGCAUGGCCAGCGCAGCCAGCCCCCUCCGCGCCGCCGCGCUGUGGCUCUGCGGCGCGCUGUGGCUCUCCAGCCUGCAGGCUCUGCGCGCCGCGCAGCACCAGGAAGACUCGCUCUACAUGUGGAUCGACGCGCAUCAAGCCCGCGUGUUGAUAGGCUUUGAAGAGGAUAUUCUGAUUGUUUCGGAAGGGAAGAUGGCCCCCUUCACUCAUGAUUUCCGAAAAGCCCAGCAGAGGAUGCCAGCAAUCCCGGUCAAUAUUCAUGCCAUGAAUUUUACCUGGCAAGCAACUGGCAGGGCUGAAUACUUUUAUGAGUUCCUGUCUUUGCGUUCAUUGGAUAAAGGCAUAAUGGCUGACCCAACUGUAAACAUCCCUCUGCUUGGAACAGUACCUCACAAAGCAUCAGUUGUUCAAGUUGGAUUUCCUUGCCUUGGGAAACAAGAUGGAGUGGCAGCAUUUGAAGUUACAGUGAUCAUAAUGAACUCAGAAGGCAACAUCAUACUUCAGACACCACAAAAUGCCAUCUUCUUUAAAACAUGUCAGCAAGCUGAAUGUCCUGGUGGAUGCAGAAAUGGAGGUUUUUGCAAUGAAAGGCAUGUAUGUGAGUGUCCAGAUGGAUUUUAUGGGCCUCAUUGUGAAAAAGCUCUGUGCACACCACACUGCAUGAACGGGGGGCUGUGUGUCAUGCCUGGAUUGUGCAUCUGCCCACCUGGCUUCAACGGCAUCAACUGUGAUAAAGCAAACUGCACAACGACCUGCUUCAAUGGAGGAACAUGCUUUUUUCCAGGAAAAUGUAUUUGUCCUGCAGGAUUUGAGGGGGAUCAGUGUGAAAUUAGCAAAUGCCACCAGCCAUGUCAAAAUGGAGGUAAAUGUACUGGGAAAAAUAAAUGCAAGUGCCCCAAAGGCUACCAAGGAGAUCUUUGUUCAAAACCGGUCUGCGAACCUGGUUGUGGAUUCUAUGGAAUCUGUACCGAACCCAACAAGUGCCAGUGUCAGGAAGGAUGGCACGGAAGGUAUUGCAAUAAAAGGUAUGGAGCCAACCUUGUGAAUGCCCUGAGGCCAACAGGCACCAAGCACAGGCAGCACACACCUUCACCUAAAAGGGCCGAAGAGAGGCAAACACCACCCGAAUCCAAUUAUAUCUGGUGAACUCCAACAUCUGAAACGGUUUACGUUACACAAAGUUCAUCGCCUUCAUUAACCUUUCAUGUGUUGAACAUUAAAACGCUGUUCAUUACAUUUUAAGAUUACUGGCCUGAAUUUUACUAGUUUCAUUAUAAACCACUGAGCUGAUAGUUGCUAUUCCUUUUUAAGUUUUACUUCUCUAGCACAGUUAUAGAGGCUUCUUAUUUUCAAAGCUUUUGACCAGUUCAUUUUUGUACUUUAUUUCAACACUCUACCAAGUUAAAUUUUUCUGAAAUUUAUUCUUUGGAACAAAUUGACAAACCAAAAAGUGGGGGAGGAUUUUAAAAAAAUGUGGCCUGAAAUACACAAGUGUGACUCUCCCCCAGUAGAUUCUUCCUCCCUUCGUAUGGCUUCCAUUUAGUUAUUGCCCAUACCAUAACUAAGCACUCCAUCUCCACCAUACUCGCCCACAUAGAUUCCAGUUAUACUGUAUGGAGAGGUAGAAAUCAGAUGCACUGGCCCCAUAUUUCUACAGUGAUUGGUAAGCUGUGGUUGCCCUGGGAUAGGUAUAAGAGGAUCUUUUUGGUUCCUAAGGAUACUCUUUACCUGCUCCACCUGCAACCUGUUUGGAGUGUUAAAUUGCUUCUGUCCCAUAACUCUACCCUCAAAUAAGUUUGUCCUAUCCCAUAAGACCUGUUCCUGUCCCUCCUUUCCAUAUAUGCAUAUAGAAUCGGCCAUUUCCUGUUGAGAUAUGGCUUUAAAAAGGGAACGUGCCUGACCUUUGAACAUUCUCUGUCCUUGCUGGUAUAUGAAGUUGAUAUCAGGUAGUCUUUGCUGAGUGUCUGUUAAUCCUUCCCUGACAAAUUGAAACGUGCUUCUUCUCCCAGGACUUAACACAAGGACCUCCUCCUCUUCUUUGCACCCUAUCCCAUGCGCACGUGUCUCACCACCACAUUUGGUUCUGCUCAGUUUGAUGCAAGUCCUCUCCAGCCAUCUGGAUAGUAUUUAGCUUGGUUUGCAAAGUCUCUCUAUCUGUGCACAGGAAUUCAUCCUUUUCUUGCACUGGUGUUGAAUCGAUAAUCUUUCCCUCUGUGCCUUGGUAACAGAGAACAUAUUUCAAUAUUGGCUCUCAUAAACCACCAGGGUUUUAACAUUUUUUCUUGCAGAAUUGGACUACUCCUUUUUCCGCAUGAGUGAAACAUGACGUAGUCUGACCUUCCUUUUCAUACAGUUUAGGCAACAUCUCUCUUGCAUUUCUUGAAGACUGUCAGAGAAUGCUCCACUGCUUUCUAGUAUACUGCAGUCUCCCUGGUUUUCUGGCAGUAGUGCUGCAAGAGCUUCUGCAUGCACUUUAUUAUUUUGUACAUACAAGGAUGCAUUUAUUGGUUUGGAAUGCUCACAUUCAGGAUAUACUUUGUCCUUUCCUCGGUCUUCUGUCACAAUUGGUUCCAGUCAACAAGUAGACUAAUCUGAGGUACUUUAUUACUGAGUUUUAGUUGCUUGUGCAGAUGUCCUAAUGCUAAAUACUGAAAGGUGAUUCAUUUGAGAUUUACUGUGGGAUGCUGCACCAAACUCUUGUGUUGAUAGUUUAGCUAUCUUCUGACUAAUUUUUAUUAAUCCUAUGUACACCCAGGUGACCAGCUACUGAACAGGUAUGUGCCAUCCUUAGCAAGUCCAUUCUGUAUUUUCUUUGUACCACUAAUUGUUUCUGUGGUUCAAACGUAACUUGUUUCCUUUUCUAAAGGAACUCUUGGUAUGAUUUUCCCAGUUUGCCUAUAGAUCUUACUGAUUGUUCAGGUGACAAGUUAGAAGGAUUUGUGUUAACCGUGUCCCUUCAGGAUUCUAAUGUGUCAUCCUGUUGGUUUGUUGCUAUACACUCAGCAGAUCCUUGUUUCUCCAUUGGAAUCACACUGAUCUCCUCCAACCAAUCCUGUUUAACUCUCUUCUCAGAGAUUUUAUUAUUUUGUAAGCUUUUUUGGAUGCCCACCCCUUCUUCUUGGUGAGAUGCACCUUUCUGCAUUUUCAUUUGUGUGCAAAUGUUCACACCCACCUUUGCUAUGUGCUUGGGUAGUUCAUUACCCAGGUACAUGGGGACAGGGAUUUCCUUCAACAUCCCAACUUCCCAAACUCCUUCCCAGUCUUUAUAUUGAAUCUUGACUUCAGCAACAGACACUGUGAAAGCAGGACCUCCUAGCCCUUUAAUUAUCCAUGCUUUCCCCUCCCAUCAGGUUCUUUGAUUUCAUUUAAUGACACUUCAUACCCUGAAUCCCUUCAGUCUAGUACUUGGGGUCUAUCCACACCACAAAUUCACUAUAGUCUGGGUCUAUGUCCUUCUCAGGUGUUACUCUGACACACUCUGACAUGCCCUGAAUUUAAAAUGGCAGCUGGUCUGUCUAGUGUCUCUGAGCAGAACCACAAGUGACAAAAGGCACAGAUUGGACACUUGUCUGCUUCCCUCAAGUUUUGAUGGGAAAUGUAGGCAGCUUGGCGGAAUGUUGGACAAGUGACAGUUGAAAAGUCCAUUGGACAGCAGUCAGAGAGCGAAGCUGCGAGACCAAGAUGCCUACAUUUCCCAUCAAAACUUGAGGGAAGCUGACAAGUGUCCAAUCUGUGCCUUUUGUCACUUGUGGUUCUGCUCUCUCUCUCUCUUCCUAGGAGCCUCUGAACAUUCUAAGAGCUGGUGUUAACUGUUGAGGUGCCAUAGUAAGCUGUACUUAUUUAAUAAUGUUCACUUGAUUUGGUGUUAUCAGGGCUGUCCGUUUAUUAAUUUUGGGGCAUUCGUCGUAACACAAGUGUUCUUUUUCAUCACACUGAUAACAUCAUUUCCAUGAUCCCUCUUCUCUGCCCUAGAUGGUAUUCCUCUAGCAAUUCUGCUUCUGCUUCCACCUACUGGGUAGUUUUUGUCAGGCAGACAAGGUUAUUUAUGUGGUUCACCCUUUAAAAAAUAUUUUUCUCCCCUCAUUAGCACCAGUUUAUCCAUGAUCUCUGCAGCCUUAGCUACUGUCUCUGGCUCUUUAUCUUGUACCAGCAAACAAUACCCAGUGGGUAGUAUUUUGUAAAACUGCUCCAAUCCUGUGAGAUUGAUAACAUCCUGGCAGCUAUCUGCUUUCUCCAGCCAUUGUUUUAAUAACCAGUCUGGUUUACAUGCUACCUGAGCAUAAGUUUCCUCAGGUUUCUUCCUUAGACUUCUAAACUCUUUCCUGCUAUGUCCUGGUGUUACUCCAAACCUUUGUAUGUUCACUCUUUAAAUGCAUCAUAAACGUUUACUGGAUCUUGCCUCAUUUCACUGGAAACUUAGACUCUCAGAGAUUUGAGAUUUUCUCUAGGUCAUAUUCUGGUCAUCGGGGAUGUUAAAAUCCUGGCAGGCUCUCUAAGAAUUCACAAAGUAAGUCUCUAGAUUAUCCCCCUUUUGGAACUGAGAAAUUCUCUUCCUCUCCACCCUCAUGUUGUUAUUUUUCUGUGAUCUAAGAGCUGGAUUAUCCCCUUCCAGUUCCUUAUCUCUCAACCUAAGUGUCUGCAUUUCUAUAUCUGCUUCUUUCUCUGUUCUGAUCUCAGCUAGUUCCAGUUCAUGUUGCCUUUUGCAUUCUUCUUUACAUAAUUAGAUUUGCUCGUGGGAUAUUCUGGAUAAUUCAAAUUCUUUUUCUCUGUCUCUUUCCUCUUUUUUGAGUGGCUAGUUUGGCUAAUUUAAUUUUUUCCUUGCUUCUUUGCAGUUCUAAAGGAUUUGUUCUCUUUCUACUUCACUGUCACUACUAAUCAUUGCUUCAGCACCUCCCUCUUUCUCUGUACCAUGUUUUAUUUUCUUAGAUAGCAUUUUGGUGACGACUCCACACAUUAUCUUUUUUGCUUUUACCUCAGCAGUGUCAAAUCUUUUUGCCACACCUAUCCUGUUUCUUUUAAACUUUCUGGGAUCUUUAUUACUGAUCCUUCUUGGCCGAAUCCACAUUACCUUCGCGCG